AUGACGAUUAACACACCCUCGGAAUCGCGAAAAGAAAGUAAUAUCCAGCAUAAGCCAACGGCUACGUUACUUUCAGAGGAGGGGGUGAAGGCAAAAAAAUUCCUAUUCUCUCCAAGGCGGAGGGCACAGACAGAAUCUAGAAAGCAAAUCAAGAAAAAAAGAAAUCAACUGCCUUGUUACCAACAAUGUGCGUUUUUAACAGGAAAGGAAUUUGAAAAACUUGGCCUUAAGGCACCACCAAAAAAACCACUUGUACCUUUCUUCAUGUAUAAAGAAGAGGCUAUUCCCAAAAUAAAGGCCGAGAAUCCACAAUUGACCCAAAGAGAAUUGGUUACUAAAUUGGGGAAAGAAUGGGAGGCAUAUGAUCCUGAGAAAAAAGAGAUUUUGCAGAAAAAAUCUGCGGACGCAUUUAAAGAAUAUAAAAAAAUAUUUGCCGAAUACAAAAACAGCUUAUCCCCUGAACAUCGUGCAAUUAUUGAAAAAGCCGAAGAAAAGAAAAAGAUAAUUAAGAAACUCAAAAUACGCCGUAACAGAAGAGAAGAACUUCAGAAACCUAAAAAGCCACUUAGUGCCUACAGUUUAUACUUUUGCGAGAGACUUCAUGAUAACACGGAUGGUGGAACUCAGAAAGAAAAGAUGAAAGCACUUGCUCUAGUCUGGAAAUCAUUACCGGCUGAAGAGCAGAGAAAAUACCACGAACAAUACGCGAAAAAUAAGGCGCAGUACCGAAAAGAUUUGAAAAUUUGGGAGGAAAAAAUGAUUGAACUAGGUAAUCUGGACGUCCUUGGACAAAAGGCCCUGAGGAAAUUGCACAAAGAAUAUAAAGAGAAGCAAGCCCAAAAAUUCCAAAGCGAUGACUGAUUGCGAUGUUUUUUAAUAACGAAUCUUUUCUUUUUUCGUACUUAGUGGAUUUUUUGUCUUCAUCAGAUGGAUUCAUACUCGAGUAAAAUAGUGAGUGAUAAGUUUGAAUGUAUUGUAUGAUCAAAAGAGUUUUGCAAAUUGUCAGAACUCCUCAAAUAGUAUAAACUAUGUGAUUAUACUUUAUGAGUGGAUUAUGUGUAAAAAGGGAAAGGAUGUAUCAAAACUGAAGUGAAUUUUAUCCAGUUAACUAAUCUUUUCUAACUGAAGUUUAUCUUAGUAUAGGAUGGUGUAUAUAUUUAAAUAUAGCAUUCAUUUUCUCAUAAAACCCGAAAAA